AACCUAAAAUCGACGGACUAAAAAGCGAUUCAUCCAUAUGGAUAGAAGAUGACAACAAUGAUAAAAACAAACUUAAUUCACCUUCACACCGACAUGCUCAGUACAAAAAGUCAAAGCAGGCAAAAUCUGCUGAAAAAGGAUUUGAAGAACCUCAACUUGCACCCUCUCACAUCGAACCCAUAUCACCACCAUCUCCAGCGACUCUCACUUCGGAUAGCUCUGCCUCCAAUUCCGGUUGA